GGCAGUGUGAGCAGUACCCAGGCAGUGUGAGCAGUGCCCAGGGCAGUGUGAGCAGUGCCCAAGGCAGUGUGAGCAGUACCCAGGGCAGUGUGAGCAGUGCCCAAGGCAGUGUGAGCAGUCCCCAAGGCAGUGUGAGCAGUACCCAGGGCAGUGUGAGCAGUACCCAGGCAGUGUGAGCAGUCCCCAGGGCAGUGUGAGCAGUGCCCAAGGCAGCGUGAGCAGUACCCAGGGCAGCGUGAGCAGUACCCAGGGCAGCGUGAGCAGUGCCCAGGGCAGUGUGAGCAGUGCCCAGGCAUUGUGAGCAGUACCCAGGCAGUGUGAGCAGUACCCAGGCAGUGUGAGCAGUACCCAGGGCAGCCUGAGCAGUACCCAGGGCAGCCUGAGCUGUGACCAUGGCUGGGUUCCUGGACAAUUUCCGCUGGCCUGAGUGUGAGUGCAUCGACUGGAGCGAGCGCCGCAACGCCGUCGCCUCCAUCGUGGCCGGGGUGCUGUUUUUCACAGGCUGGUGGAUCAUGAUCGAUGCUGCCGUGGUUUAUCCCAGGCCGGAGCAGCUGAACCACGCCUUCCACACCUGCGGGGUCUUCUCCACGCUGGCCUUCUUCAUGAUAAAUGCUGUAUCGAAUGCACAGGUGAGAGGAGACAGCUACAGUGAUGGAUGUUUAGGAAGAACAGGGGCUCGGAUCUGGCUCUUCAUUGGCUUCAUGUUGAUGUUUGGAUCACUCAUUGCUUCCAUGUGGAUUCUCUUUGGGGCAUAUGUUACACAGAACACUAAUGUGUACCCUGGACUAGCAGUGUUUUUCCAGAAUGCAUUAAUAUUUUUCAGCACUCUGAUCUACAAGUUUGGGAGAACAGAAGAGCUGUGGGGCUGAGCUCACUGCUGGCCUGGUCCCUAGUUGCUAUGUGGUUCUUGUAUGUAGAUAAUUCAGUCCUUUGUCCUUGGUUUGCUUCCCAAACUGGUGGAACUGAGACAAUUCCAGGCUCUGUCCAAAGCUGCUCAUUUCCCAGGACACACCUGUGAAUAUGUACAUAGGACAUUUCAAAGGGAAUGGCAGGCUGCCAGGCUUUCCUGCUGCAAUCUCCAGGCUUUCUCCUUCAAAUCCAUGACUUUCCAUCCAAGUUUCAUCUUCCAAACCUCCACCAGUAGUGAGCAAACAGGACAGAGCCCACCCCUGGAGCAGGGGUAAGAGCUGAUUUUAAGAAUUUUAUAUUAUUGUUCAGGUAAAUAUAAAGUAGGGGGGGUUUUUUUGUUUGUUUUUUUGUUUUUGUUUUUUUUUCUGGUAAAAGGUUAUGGGUUUUUAAGCAAGUCCCUACACUCAGCAGGUUGUGCAUGGCAAAACAAAAUAUUCCUGACUUGUGAUGGCUCUGGCACAAAGGACAUUUGCUGGCACCACAGUCCUUGGAAUUAAUUUCAUGCUGCUCAGUGUAAGAGAUAUCAGUUGGUAUUUAAUGUAUUUGCUGAUGUUAGAAUAAAAAAAACUUCACCAAACUGAUGCCAGUUGUAUUUGAUAUAAAGAAUAAAUGAGUCAGAGCAGUGUCUUGCUGCUUGUGCCAGUGUCAUUGGCUCCAGGGGAAGCUGUUUGCUGGUAAUUGAGUUUUCCUGACCCAUUCCCUCUCUGUUAAAAAGAUGUGGGGUAUGGAUGGAUUUAUUGCUCACAGUCCAACCUUGUAAUAAUUUCAAGUUCCAAUAAAUUCUAAGAGUGACUCACA